AUGAUAGAUUAGGGAUAGAAACCCAUGAUUGAUUAGAAUCAUUUUCAAAACUAAAUAAAUACGUUUAAUUAGAUUGAGGAUAGUGAAGAUUCUUAAUAUGCUAAUUCUGUAGCAUUUGAUAAAACAAAUUGCCCAUAAAUCGCAAAUAAUCUGCAAGCUAAACAUUUCGAUAGAGUAAUGGCAAAUCUAUAGAUCAAUCACAAUUAAGAAGAUUCCUAUAACGAAAAAUUAUCGAUAUCUCAUAAUCCUGAUAUGCUAGACUAAGACUUAACUUAAAACAAUCUUGUAUCAUUUUAUUUAAACAAAAAUAAAAAAAAUCAAAGUAUUAUAUUAAGUUAAGAAUAACUUAACUAAUAAUAAAAUUAAGAUACGUUUCGUGUAGAUUAAUCUUAAGAAAAAAUAAAAAGCUUAGGAAAUUUAGAACAGCAUAUAGAUAAAUACAUUGAUAAAAAAUAAUCCACAAAUAAAGAAAACGAUUAAAAAAUAGAUUAAGAUGAAACUUAAGGAUCUUCUAAAAUAAAUGGCAUUUGUUCUCCAAAUUUUACUCCACUUAAUUCUCCAACGCUUUGUAAUGAAAAAAGCUUGCUAUCAUAGUCAAUGCAAAAUGGCCUUUUUAGUCCACUCAAUAUGAAAGGAGAUAUUGAAAGUUUUAUAGUAUCUUAAAACUAAGAUUAAAUAAUUAUGAAUAGUGAAAAAUAAAGAAAUUCAUUUAAAUUUAACGGCAAAAGAGCUUCAUUUUUUAAAAAGAAUUAAUAUGACAAUAAUAAUGAUGAUAACUAAAAGUCAUUUCAAAACUUAAAUGUGAAACCCUUAGAUUAAAUUUAAGAAAACGGCUAAAAAAACCAUAAAAAGCACACUAGGCAAUAAGAAUUCGUUUUAAGAAGGCUAAUAAGCAACAAAAAUAAUUUUGACUAAAAUGAGUUAGAUGCUCAAAGAUCAUAAUCUUGUUAUUCGGCAGUUUCUUCUUUUAGAAGUAUCAGCAAUGUCCUUAUCCAAAAUAUAAUAGGCAAGACAAACACUAUCUUUAGUGUAGCUAUGUAGAUAUUCUCAGUAAUAUACAUUACUUUUUUUGCUUUAAUGUCGCUCAUCAUAGGAAUUAUAAUACUUUUGAAUUUAUAAUCCUUUUCAGAUGAUGUAAAGAAGGUGUAAGAGUAGUCUGGCUUUUUACCAUUAAUUGCAAACCAAACUCUAAAUUCUUUCAGCAGAUUUUAAAUGGAAAAUUUUAUUAUUUAAGAUGAUCCUUAAUAAACUCUUUAUUCUUCUUUAAUUGAAAGCUGUGAAGCAGUAAAAUAGCUAUUCUUAUAGGAAUUCAAUGAUAGAUUUUAAACUACUACCAGUACUUAUUUGAACAAUCAGGAUACCUAUUAUAAAACAGUAACAUAUCUAAAUAACUAAUAAACUUUUGAAACAAUUGAUUUCAUAGAUAUGUAAUUUAAAGUCUUAUAAAGCUCUUAAGCUAUUUGUGGUUCUGUUGGUAAAUAAAAGCUCCUGAUCUUGGUUCUAAUAGGUAGAAUGAGUUUACUAGAAGCUGAUAUAGAAAUAGAAAAGCUCAGAGUUUUUUAAGAUGCACUUUAGGAUAUUAAUUAAAAGUGGAUGAAUUUCGACUUUGUGGAAAAUAUGCUAUUUAGUCAAAACAAAAAUGAAGAAGAAGAAUCCAAUUAAUAAUAAUAAUAUUAAUAAAAUAAAUAAAAAACCUCAAAAAAUAAAUAAACCCAUAUUCAAAAUACUCUCAAUUUGAGACAAUCAUAAAGAAAAAUAAUAUCUUUAGUCAAAAAUACAAGUUUUAACUAUAUAAGAGGUAUGAUAAUAAUAGGGUUUAUAUGUCUAAGUGGGUGUGUUAUGAUAAUUGCAAAUACUUUUGAGACAGCUGAUUAGUUUAGCUUUGCAUUAUUUAUGAGUGACUAUUUAUCAAUAUCUCCUAUACUAAAUUAAAAUGAUCCACAUUUCCCUUAGGCAACAUAGUAAAUUUAUGGAAAUCCUGAUAUGUAUUAGUAGUUUUCACAAUAUUUAACAAAUAGUAAGCAAUUUUUCUAUAACAUUUUAAAUGAAAUUGAUUAGUAAAAGUAAAUAUCAUAAACUUAUAAGUCCUAAAUUAUUAACUUGCUCUAAUAGGAUGUGUGCAACAGCGUCGGGUAUAAAUAUGAUAGAAUGUGCAUAUAAAAUGCUUCUCCAACCAUUAGAUAAAUAUUAAGAUAAGGUGGUAUAGCAUUAUUUACAGAUAUUUUCUAACUAUUCAGCUCAAACGAUUCUUUAUUUAAAUUUAAAUAAGGAGAUCUGUUUGAUAUUGCUAAGUAGAACCAUGUUAACCAAUAUGUUCAUUCAUCAUAUCACCUUGAGUAUAUAACUCAUGGAUUUGAUAUAGCAGCAAACUGCUUUGAAUUGCUAAAAUAAUAUAUGAAAGAAGGGUUUUAAGAUUAUAUAGCAUCUUUUAUAAAAAUUGGUUACAUAUACUUAGCUUGUCUAUGCUUACCAUUUAUUGUUUUUUGGAUUAUUCUUUCCAUAAAAAUUUAAAAAAGAGUCAAGUAAUCAAUAGUUAAUAUUAGCUUUGGAUUAACUCUUAUUCCAUAUGAGAAACUCUAAGAAGAAAACACUAUAAUUUUUCUUAAGAAAAUUGAAAAAUAUUGA